CUGUGAAUGAACGUCACUGCUGACAAUCAAUCCCCGUCACUUCUGACCGCUGCCUGGGUCUUGCAACACAGCCCAACUCCCAAGAAAUCAAACGACCUUGGCCGGCAUGUCCACGUACGACGUUGAAGUCAUCAGCGACAUCGAGUCUGAAGAUAACAGCACAGUCCCCUCUGCGGUCAACGUCCAGCCCAUUAUUCCGGCUAGUCCUCAAGAGCCCUCCACCAACUCCGUCCUCUCCAAGAUCGUCGACGCCCUGAUCCAAGAUCUCGAUGCUCACCAGCAGCUCGAAGCUCAGCGCCUCACUAUGGAGCGCGGGCAGGAUCAAGAUGAUAGGUGUGAGCGUGAGAAGAGGGAUGUUGCCCAGAGGGAGGUGAGGGAUUCUGAGUUGGCGCUCAGGGAGAAACGUGAGAGCGGGUACAAGGAUUUCUAUCGUCAACGUGCCGAGAAACACCAGGCGACUAUCGCCAAACUCGCUUCGAUUGCGGAGAUUUUGGCUAGGAAGGCGUAAGCUCAGACAUGA